UUUACUUUCCUAAUUCACUUUCUAAUUUUUAUUGAUGAAUAUGAAAUAGUAUUUUAGAAUUCAACUAAAUCUCCUGACCUUUUGCACUUUUCAAGGUUCGGUACUUGGCGGUCGUUUUGACUCCAGACUUUUCUACCAAGGACAAAGGGCAUGGAUCGUGCCCCGGCAGCAUAUGAGACUACAUAUGAAACUAGGUACGAAACAACAGAUGUUUCAUCAGUAAUCAACGUUGGUUUCGUACGGAGUUUAAGUGGAAUAUUGAAGCUUUGUCAGGUGAGUUCCACAUAAAGCAUAUUAACCGAAUAAGGCGUAAUAAAAGGUAUCCUAUUUAAGUAAAUACUUGAGCAACCUCCGUGUAAUACAUAUAAGUGUUCUAAGCCAGUGACAUCAGUCUUAUGUCUGUGUGACCAUAGCUGUAUUCCUUCGUUUUGUGUCCUUAUAACGAAGUAGAUAUGUCUUAUGACCUAUGUAUUGUCGUUAGUAACACUGGCUAACACUUUAAAUAUUACCCUCAAGAAUGCAUAACUAGUGGUAUCUAAAGCCACUUAGUUUCACGAUAUCAAUGAGGACGAUCCUACUGAGUUGUAUCGUACUAAUUUGUGUCGCUGCUACUUCAUACUGGUCAAUACACUCGUCCGGUGGAUGGGUAAACUUUGUUGCAGCUACCACUUUGAUAUGUGCAGCAGUUUUCUAUAUAUUUUAUCUAUUCAAUCUUAUCAGAAAAUUGCCAGGUCCGUGGAUUAUAAUUGAGUUUUCUGUGCUACUAAUAUGCACCUUCUUUUGGUUUAUAACGCUGAUCGUUGCAGCGGCUCAUCAUUCAAAAGGUGCUGGUGCUAUAGCUGCGGCUGUAUUUUCUGCAAUCGCUCUUGCGGUUUACAUCACAGAAUUAGCCACUCGAUUCCGAUGUGAACGCAGAGGGAACGGCUUCAUCAUCACAAUGACUGGUGUAAUGACUACGCAUGCAACACGUGGUCCGCCUACAUUUGCUCAACCAGCUCCAGGACAUAUGCAAGCUGAGUCAGUAGAUCCACAUAUUGGAUUUUCAGGAGCUUAUGCACCAGGUGAACGUGCAGAUGAAGGUUAUAUAAUGCCAUAAGGACCUGUGUAUUACACUUGGAUUAUUUGUUUACCUCCACUACCCAUAUUAUGUGAGAAUCUCUUCACAUUCUCUCAGACUAUCAUUAGGCUCCUUAAGCUAUAUACAUAUAAUUGUGCUCUUGUUUGGCAUAUAUGGAUUGUUACUCACCAAGUUUGUAUCUUUGGAGCUGCUAAAUGAGAUAGACAAUAAAGCACUGCAACUCACACAAAAACAGUUAUUAAUAACACUUAUUAUUAUUGCUAUGAAUUGCAUCAUUUAUGUGUAUAUUAUCUUGGUUUAUUGUUUAAUCUGCCCAUUGUAUCUGAUAUCAUUGUAGUUGGAUUUUGAAGUAUGUCCGCUGCUUUCUUGCGUAUUUCUUGCUAGUUAGCUAGAUAAAUAAUGUUUCACUUACCUCUUGUUUCCACUUCUUUGUAUUUGAUGGUGCAGCCAACCGUAGUCAAAUUCUUGCUCGCUAUUUCAUGCCUUUCCAUGCUCCUCUCCUCUUUGCCUCUUUUAUUAUUGCAACAGUUCCGCUUUUACCUUGUUUUCCUCUUCAUCUGAUCAUAUGUGUGUUUCCUGCAUUACCUACCCCUCAACGCAAGUAUUUGUGUUUGUAUCAGUUUUAUGUCUAUUCGAUUGUUGUGUUGGUUUUUGUAUUACCUUUCAAUAUCCUAUUUUUAUUCAAUCAAUGAAUCAUAUGAAUUUGGAGAUUGAUUAUCAUCAGUAAAAGUUGUGAAUUGUUUCUUAAAUGUGUGUUAUAACUAUUGUUAUUUAAAAUGGAAUAUAACUAAAUAUACAUAUACAUGAGC